AUGGCCGAGUCCUCAUCACUCAUUUCUCCGUCGCUACAGCGCAGUCCACAGCUACCAAAUGGUUAUGGAUCAUUGACAAUAACAUCGAACCCAGGGGGCUCCAAAGUAGACGAACGGCACCGUCGAUCGCAGGUGUCGCAUGCAUUUCUGCUCAAAAAGGAGGCGGAUGGAAAUGCCAAGCGUCUAGAGUCUCCAUCGGGAUCGAUGGUUCGUGUGCAGGUCGCUAUUAACGUGUCACUUGCAGCCAAUGUAGCUCUCGCUAUUGUGAAGAUUUAUGCGGCCUUGAUGAGUGGGUCAUUGGCCGUACUGUCAUCUCUGGUAGACUCGAUCUUGGACCUCACGUCUCAGGGUCUCUUCUGGUAUUCGGACAAGCGGAUGCACACGCCAGACGUCAAGUACCCGGCCGGCAGACGACGUCUCGAGCCUAUUGCAGUGAUUGUAUCAGCUACUCUCAUGGGCAUGGCAGCAAUUGAAGUGAUCCAGCAGUCGGUAGAAGCUCUAGUCAAGGGAUUCAAUGGCAAACAGCGUGAGCUGGAGAUCUCGACCUUUACGAUGGUUGUACUGCUUGCUGCCAUUGUAAUCAAGCUCGUACUCUGGUACCUCUGUGCCAAGAUUGCAUUGCAUUCACCCUCAGCUGAUGCUUUGGCACAGGACCACCGCAACGACGUCUUCAGCAAUACCGUUGCGGUGGCAGCUGUCUUUGCCGCUCACAUGCACUCAAGUCUAUGGUAUCUCGACUCGAUUGGCGCUAUCGUAAUCUCCGUGUACAUUGCCGUCAGUUGGUUAGCAACAGGAAAGGAGCAAGUGGAGCGCCUCGUUGGUCUGCAGGCCGAUCAAGAGUUUAUUGAUCAAAUCCGCCUGCUUGGCGAUGUUCAUCACCCAAUGAUGAGGACCGAUAUUGUGCGAGCGUAUCACUUCGGCAGCAAUUACCUUGUGGAAAUGGAAGUCAUUCUGCCGGAGGAUAUGUGUGUCAAGGACGCCCAUGACAUCAGCCUCAGCUUGCAGGACAAAAUAGAGGAGCUAGACAAUGUAGAACGCGCAUUUGUGCAUGUGGACUACCUCGAGCGCAAUUACGACGAGCACAAGGAUCCCACGAUUCGACGCGAUUCAUCGUCCUAA